UGUUUGUUUGCAUCGUUUUUUUUAGGUUAUGUGGUGAGUUACAAGAAUUACGAAAUACUAUGACUUUAAAUAAUGUAUUAACCUUCUUUUCUUUAGUUUUUAUCUAAUAAACACAGGAGAUUAGGUGAAAUUUAUAUAAAAUAUUAAAACUAAGUGGAUUAAACGAUUUAAUGUACACAAGAAAAUGGACAGUGAUGAAUUAAUGCAAGUAGAAAAGUGAAUAGAAAUGACUUAUGAUUAAAAUAUUCAGUAGUUGAGGCAACGAAGAUUCCGUAGGUGAGGUGAAGUUGAGGACAGAGACACCGGGGUGGUGCUGCACUAUGCCCGGCACACGUUCCUGAUUUGUAAAGGUGCAGGUGGCAGAGGUGGGUCAGGGGAUGAGCCUUGAGGGUGGUUCACCUGUGAGUGCUCUCCUUCACCUGUCGUGACCUAACUCACCUCAAGGACCAGCACUACUACCACUUCCUCCACCCCUCUCCAUCUUGCUGCCCCCCCCCCUACACCCCAGGAUGGAACCUCUUGGCUUAUUAAGAUAAUUAACACUAAGACGAGGAGACACUGGAAGUAUGGAGACGGUAUGUGGAGACUGUCUGGAAAGUUAUUUAGUAUUGCGUAUGUGGAACAAUAAAAGAGGAAAAGUUACAGGUAAAGAGAAACAAAGAUAGAGGAAACAGGAGAGUAUGUGGAACAAGAAGAAGAUGAAAGUACCAGAUAAACACUAGUAUAGGAACGAGGUUUUCUAGAUUAUAUUUUGUGAACAUAUGGAAAAAGAAAACAUGAAAAUAACAGCAAAACAAUAACAGAAAAGGAGAGAGAACAGGAAAUAAUCCAGAUAUUAUCUAAUGGUAUGUAAGACAAGUGAAAGAUGAUAAUAACAUGAACAAUAACUAAGAGAACAAAUAUAAACCGUGUGUGUGAGCCUCGCAGGCAACAUGCCGGCCAUCAGGGGCGUGGAGGCCGACGUGGAGGAGAUCAAACUCAAGGACAGUUUCUCGAGCAAUAACUCGAAGGCUAAUGCAAUUGCUCGGGCCUUGAAGAAAAAGAUCUCGCUCACGAGGCUGACGUCCAGGUCUUCCCUGGUCGUGGAUAAAGACAAGGAUGAAAGGGAUAGGGAGAGACGCCCCUCUAGGGAUAGGUAUCCCACCUUCACCAUCGAGGACUGGGAGGAGGGCGAACACAAUGGCGCCUUCAGGGAGGACCUGGCGUACAAGGACGACUCAAGGGCGGACGAAAAGAGCGAGUUCGAGGUGGAUACCGACCUCGGGGAGGAUGGGGAGGCCGAGGGUGUCUCUCUGGUGGAUAAUGAAGACAUUCGGUCCGUCACCUCGAGCAAGAGGACCAGCCAGCUGAGUGUGGACCGGUCCAUGGUCAAGUGUGGGCGAGCCAAGUUCUUCAAGCGCCUCUCCGUGUGUGACCUCAAGCUUGCUCUGACGACGGAAAAAAGCAAUUGCGAAGACGACGGGCACAUGAUGGACCCUAAGGAGCGGGUGUUCCUGGAGGCGGCGGAGCGGGGAGACAAACACACCAUGAUGCGAUGUCUCUCCCCGCCCUCCGCCGUCAACGUCAACUGUACCGACAUCCUGGGCCGCUCAGCCAUCCAGAUCGCCGUGGACAACGAGAACGUAGAAAUAGUGGAGCUCCUCCUCCUUCAGGAGAACGUUAAGAUCGGUGACGCCUUACUGUACGCCAUCACUGAGGGAGUGUACAAGAUAGUCGAGAUGCUCAUCAACCAUCCCAGCAUCACUCCAGAGAUGCUGGCCAACGACUGGGCCAAGGUUCGCGCUGGAGGGGAGGAAUCAAGCGACUUUGACCCUAAUAUCUCGCCCAUCAUCCUGGCUGCCCACUGUAACCAGUUCGAGAUUCUUCAGCUCUUCCUGUCCCGAGGGGCGUACAUCGACAAGCCUCAUCCAUUGUCGUGCUGUUGCCGCCAGUGCACGGAAGGCUUCCAUGACGACUCCCUGAGGUACUCCAUGAGGCGCAUCCAUACCUACCGCGCCCUCGCCUCCCCAGCCUGGAUCUCCCUCACAUCCGAAGACCCCGUCCUUGCCGCCUUCAGGCUGUCGUGGGAACUGGAGCGGCUAGCCAGGGUUGAGAAUGAGUUCAAGGACACCUACCUGGAGCUGAGCGAGCAGUGCAAGAAGUACACCUGUGACCUGCUGCACCAGUGUCGCUCUACCCAGGAGGUCAUCGCCGUCCUCAACCGUCGUAGUGAAGAAGACUCUGAUGACGACGACGAUGACGACGACCCCCAACAGCAGCUGAAACUCUCGAGACUCAAGUUGGCCCUCAAGUAUGACCAAAAACAGUUCGUGGCUCACCCAAACUGCCAGCAGCUGCUCACGUCGGUGUGGCACGAGGGUCUGCCCAUCUGGCGGAGGAGGAACGCCCUGGUCAAGAUCCUUCUGUGCCUCUCCAUCAUCGUGUGUAUGCCGGUCAUCGCCAUCAUCUACCUCAUCUUUCCCAGGACCAGCCUCGGCAGGGUCAUCCGCUCCCCCUUUAUGAAGUUUAUCUACCACAGCGCAUCCUUUGGGUUGUUUUUGGUGCUGCUGGUGUUGGCCUCCACCAGGACCGAGGGCAGUGAGAGGCACCGCAGGAACCUUAGAGGUCCUGCGCCAACCUUCGUCGAGUGGCUUAUCUUCUUCUGGGUCACAGGAAUGGUGUGGGCGGAGUGCAAGCAGCUGUGGGAAGAGGGACUGACAGCUUACAUCCGUCAGUGGUGGAACUGGCUGGACUUUAUUAUGCUGUCUCUUUACCUCUGCACCUUCAGCCUCCGAGCCGUCGCCUUCAUCCAAAUCACCACCAACAAGUACGGUCCCAGAGAGGUCCCUCGCUCCCAGUGGCCAGCCAACGACCCGACACUUAUAGCUGAAGGAGUGUUCGCUGUGGCCAAUGUCUUCUCCUUCGCUAGGAUUAUUUACCUCUUCCAGACUAAUCCUCACCUUGGCCCUCUCCAAAUCUCCCUUGGCUGUAUGAUCAUUGAUAUUGCCAAGUUUCUAUUUAUCUUCUUCCUGGUGCUGACGAGCUUUGCUUGCGGCCUUAACCAGCUGUAUUGGUACUACGACCCCCCCAGCACCACCUACACUGCUGCUGACGGGGACACCUCCUGCCACACGGGCUCCGACGCCUUCAACACGAUCGACAAGUCCUACACCGCCCUCCUCUGGUCCCUCUUCGGCGUUAUCCCCCUGAAGGAGUUGUCAAACCGUCGGGACCACCUCUUCACGGACAUCAUCGGUCACUCGCUGCUGGGGGCCUACCUCAUCAUGGCCAUCACCGUGAUGGUCAACAUGCUCAUUGCCAUGAUGAGUCGUUCUUUCCAGAUCGUGGAGGACCAUGCCGAUCAAGAGUGGAAGUUCGCACGCUCCAAGCUGUGGAUGAGCUAUUUCGACCCCGGCUCUACCCUGCCCGCGCCAUUCAACCUCAUCAUCAGCCCCAAGGCUAUCUUCUAUUUCAUGAGGACUGUUAAGAACUGCCUCCAGUAUAUCUGCUAUAGGAGGAGCCGCAAACGCUCCGACAAGAGGAGGAGUUUUGCCAUGGAGAAAGGUGCAUUACAGGGUGGUCUCCCGUGUCGGAUGAGCCAGUCGAGCAGAUACGCAGAAGUUAUGCGUCGUCUCGUCUCCCGCUACAUCCACCAGACCAAGAAGCAGCACCGUCAGGAUGGCGUCAAUGAGGAUGAUCUGCUCGAGAUAAAGCAAGACAUCUCCAGUCUCAGGUACGAGCUGCGGGAAGACAGAAAACGGGAGACGGCGCGGGCAUACGGUCAGAUGGACUCCAUCAAGAAGGACAUCCUGCGACUCCUGAAGCAGAGUGGGCGCAUGUCGUCAAGAUCGGGUAAUGGGCGGGAGUCGGAGGGAGCUGUUGGUGGGGUGUCAGCCAACCCAGUCGUGCUGGCCACAGUGGCAGCGCCCUGUCCCGCCUGCGCCCAUAUUCCAGCCGCUGUAGGACUCACUAAUACCAGCCACCCAAGCCUAGGGACGCCUGGCAUCAUACAACAACAUUCGGUGGACCUGGGAAUGCUAGGCCGGGACCCCUCCUCUGGCGCUGUCGACAUUACCGUCACCCCAGCCUCCUCCCUCCCGUGCAACCUCACGUAUUCUCAAGCAUCGAUGGGUCUUCCUUCACCUCAAAGUCUUCUUCCCGCGGGUAACUUGACGGGAUGUUUGCUGGCGCCUCAGGAGAUGGAUUACCUCCGGAAGGAAAUAGUCAGCAGCCUGCGGAGUGAGCUGCGGGAGUUGCUGAGGGAGGCCCUGGCACGCGCCCUCACGCCCACGACCACUAUGGCCCCUCAAUAUUACUCGCCCACAACCACCCCAAACCCCACCCCACAAUAUGCUACUACACCUACCGCCCAAACUGCCCAGAUGGCCGCCCCACAGUUCCCCCUACCACCGGUGGCGCAGCAGAAGCAAUGCGGGCAAUGUCCACCCGCCUCUGGACCUCAGUACUCCCCGCCCUCCCCAACCUCUCAGCCGCCUCAACACCCCCACCUCCGAGUAACAACCUCUCUCAGUGACCCAGUUUCUCAAAGGUCAAGUUCUGGUCCACAGACCUCCCCUAGGUCAAGUCCAGUUCCUCAGUCCUCUCCAGGGUCAAGUCCAAUACCCCCACCUUGCCAGAGGUCAAACUCCAGUUGCGGAUUAAUUCAGAGGUCACAAGGAAGCUCCCAGUCUGGCGGCUCGUCGAAGUCAUCUACCAACCAGGUUCUUCUCCGCCCACCUAACGAGUCUGACCGUGUACACACGCACAUGUACACACAGCUGUGAAUGUUCACCUCCUCGCUGGUCAUGGUACACAAAUAUUCCUGUUCCAGGUGCUCUUAUCUUUAAAGCACGUGCGGCGCUUGAGCUUAAGGAGCGUCAGGCAACCAAUCAAAAGCCUGGUGAUUUUCACAAGUACAAUUUGAUUGGAGUCAAGUUCCUUAGGUCAGCUUAAAAGUGCCAUCCCAGGGUGUAGGCGGCUGCAUAAGACCAAAUUGGGUUGGUCCCCUUGGUCUAGGAUAAAGCCAGCCUGUAGGAAAUUAGAUUUAUCGCCUUUCGUGCGGAUGCCAGAAGGUGUUUUGAGAUUUCUGAAAUAUGGCAAUCAAAGCAAGACAAGAACCAUCAGGUGAUGCUUAAUCAACGUUAGUAACUUGGUUAAGGAGAGAAUGGACGGUUAUCUCAUAAUGGUUUCUGGCUCUGGCACGCCUGCGGUCCUGGUGAAGAGGUGCCAGUGUUUGGAAAGAGAUAUUUUGUUGACAGUCAGACACACAUUAUUGUUUGGCUGCUGCCUGAUGCUUUUUUAUAACAUUUCACUAGGUGCAAGGGCGCCGGUCUGCCCUCUCCGUAUUUAUUUUUGGUGAUGCGUCGAGGCUUGUUCGUGGUAUAAGAAUAAUAUUGUAUGCAGCACAGUUGAGUUAAAAGUGUUGUACUAAGUUGUUGAGGAGACAGGAGAGACAUUUGGUCCUUUAAAAUUUGUCCCAUAGCAGAGUGCUGCUAGGAGGACCGUUGUGAGAUCUGAUGUAGAUUUUCGGUUGUUUGUGAAGAUGUUUUUUUUUCUUUUUGCACCAGAUGAGACAAUGGUGGUUGAGCAAUAGGAGAAGAAUGAAUGUUUAGGAAAAUGAAGUGGCAUUAUUUUACGUAUAUGAGACAAAGGUUGGUGGAGGGUGACCACUGACACAGUGUGGUGGAGAGAGUGACUGUCUGUUUGUAGCACGAAAUUGUUGGGAGACAUAGAGAGGGCGCCUGUUAGCAGAGCUGUUGUUAUUGAUGAAUAGGCAAUGAGUUCCCCACCAGAAUGUUUUCUCGUGUAAAUAAUAUAUAUAUAUAUAUAUAUAUAUAUAUAUAUAUAUAUAUAUAUAUAUAUAUAUAUAUAUAUAUAUAUAUAUAUAUAUAUAUAUAUAUAUAGUAUGCUUAAAAAUUAAUUGCUGUUAAACUCUCUAUUGUGACUUGACUGCCAUUGACUGGGGAAAUGGCAAAGAAUCAAAUUUUACAAUGUUUUGAUGUUCACAUGUAAUUAUAAGUUUUUUUGAGCAAGGUGGACACUUCUGACUGAUGAUGAUAUGUACUAACUUAACAAGACAAAAAGACAGAGCCUGAGGGAGUAAUGUACUGAACAAGGACAGUAGACUGAGAACACUUCAAAUAUUUUCCACCUCAUGGUUCUGCUGAAGGUGUUAGCGUGCAUGAAACUUUAGCUUAAAGGUUUGUCACUAAAUAAAAUGUAUGAAUAAU